CUUGAAAAUUGCAUAUAGAGCUCAUUCAGAUUGUGGUUUUCUUUCACGAAACAAUCACACUGGUAAAGCCUUCUGCUCUCCGGCGCCGCUUUUCGCGAACCCUAGAAUCGCCAAAGCCUAACCUUCUUCUCAAUCGACGUUUCCUCAUCUUUCAGGGUUGGUUUCUGCGCCGUCGCACUUGUAAUUUCUCGAAAGCACAAUGGCAAGGAACGACAUUUCCGACGAAGAAGUAGAUGAUCAUGAGCUCGAGGAUGAGGAGGGAGAGCCAGUUCAUGGAGAUCCUGUCGAGAACCCUGACAACGAUGAUGAAGAUGAAGAGGAGGGUGAUAAUGAAUAUGAUAAGAAUGAUGGUUUCAUAGUGAGUGAUGAAGAAGAAGAAGAUGACGAGGGAGAAGAAGAGAGGCAAAAUAGCGAUGGGGAGAAGAAGAAAAAGAAGAAGAAGAAACGAAGGAAAAAGGACGAAGAUCUUGAUGAAGAGGAUUAUCUACUGCUCCAAGAUAACAACCCGAAAUUCCAAAAGAGAAAGUAUAAGAGGUUGAAGAAAGCUCAAAGGGAGUUUGGCCAGGGAGGAUCAUCUGAUGAUGAUUUUGAUGGGAGUAGUGGAGCUGGGAGAAGUGCUGAGGACAAGAUUAAAGACGAUCUGUUUGAUGAUGUUGAUGUAGAUCUGCCUGAUGAUGAUGUAGGCGAUGAGGAAGAACUAGCUGUGGAAGAAGAUGUAGUUGGGAGCGAGGAUGAAAUGGCAGAUUUCAUCGUAGAUGAAGAUGGCAAUGGUCAUCGUAGGAAGGGCGACCAUAAGAAAAAGAAAUAUAGACAGGGAUCAGAUAUCAGUGCUCUGAGAGACGCUAGCGAAAUAUUUGGCGAUGUUGACGAGCUUUUGUUAAUUCGCAAAAAGGGUUUGGCAUCAAGUGAAAGGGUGGAAAGAAGGCUUGAAGAUGAGUUUGAACCAACUGUUCUCUCUGAUAAGUACAUGACAGGGAAAGAUGAUGAAAUCCGCCAACUUGAUAUGCCUGAGAGGAUGCAGAUAUCUGAAGAAAGCACUGGAAGCCCUCCGAUAGAUGAACUCAGCAUUGAGGAAGAGAGCAAUUGGAUAUAUGCCCAAUUUACUUCUCUACUAAAAGAUCCUGAUGGACUUCACAUUUUUGGUGGUCAAGGUUUCUCGGUUAAGAAGGAUGACAUUGCAAAGUUUUUGGAGCUACAUCAUGUGCAGAAACUAGAGAUACCAUUUAUAGCUAUGUACCGAAAGGAGCAAUGCCGGAGCUUGUUAGAUUCUUCUGAUAUCAGUGAGCUCAAUAUAGAGAAGAAACCUGAGACCAAGUGGCAUAAGGUCUUCUGGAUGAUUCAGGACUUGGAUAGGAAGUGGCUCCUUCUUCGAAAAAGGAAAAUGGCGUUGCAUGGUUACUACGCAAAACGUUUCGAAGAAGAGUCCAGGAGGGUUUAUGAUGAAACUAGGCUUAACCUAAAUCAAUAUCUUUUUGAAUCAGUCAUUAAGUCUCUUAAAGUGGCAGAAACAGAAAGAGAAGUUGAUGAUGUAGAUUCCAAGUUCCACUUGCAUUUUCCUGCCGGUGAAGUUGGUAUUGAUGAAGGGCAGUACAAGAGGCCUAAGAGAAAAUCACAAUAUAGCAUCUGCAGCAAAGCGGGGCUCUGGGAGGUUGCAAACAAAUUUGGGUAUAGUGCUGAGCAAUUGGGACUUGCAUUGUCCCUAGAAAAACUGGUUGAUGAGCUUGAGGAUGCAAAGGAAACACCAGAGGAAAAGGCAUUGAACUUUGUGUGUGCAAUGUUUGAAAAUCCUCAAGCUGUUCUAAGGGGUGCACGGCAUAUGGCUGCAGUUGAGAUAAGUUGCGAGCCAUCAGUCAAAAAGUAUGUCCGUGGCAUUUAUAUGGAGAAUGCAGUAGUCUCAACAAGUCCAACAGCAGAUGGGAAUGGAGUAAUAGACUCUUUCCAUCAGUUUUCUGGGGUUAAGUGGUUACGAGAAAAGCCACUGAGCAAGUUUGAGGGUUCGCAGUGGCUUCUCAUUCAGAAGGCAGAAGAGGAGAAACUUCUUCAAGUAACGUUCAAGCUGCCCGAGAAUUGCAUGAACAGGCUAAUUAGUGACUGCAAUGAACACUAUCUAAGUGUUGGGGUCAGUAAGUAUGCUCAACUCUGGAAUGAGCAAAGAAAAUUAAUACUGGAGGAUGCGCUUCAUACUUUUAUUUUACCAUCAAUGGAGAAAGAAGCAAGAUCCUUGCUAACUAUUAGAGCGAAGAGUAGGCUGCUAUCUGAGUAUGGACAGGCUUUGUGGAACAAGGUGUCUGCAGGGCCAUAUCAAAAGAAAGAAAUGGACAUUAGCUCUGAUGAGGAAUCUGCACUAAGGGUCAUGGCAUGUUGUUGGGGACCUGGAAAGCCACCAAAUACGUUUGUGAUGCUGGAUUCAUCGGGAGGGGUGCUUGAUGUCCUUUAUGCUGGAUCUCUCACACUGCGAUCCCAGAAUGUCAGCGACCAGCAACGUAAAAAGAAUGACCAGGAUCGUGUUUUAAAGUUUAUGAUGGACCAUCAACCGCAUGUUCUGGCUUUAGGAGCUGUCAAUUUGUCUUGUACUCAUCUGAAGGAUGAUAUAUAUGAGGUCAUAUUCCAGGUGGUGGAGGAAAAGCCUAGAGAUGUUGGACAUGGGAUGGAUGAUUUAACCAUUGUUUAUGUAGACGAAUCACUUCCUAGGCUAUAUGAAAACUCUCGAAUCUCAGGUGAACAGCUACCUCAACAGUCAGGGAUCGUGAAACGUGCAGUUGCUCUUGGACGCUAUCUCCAGAAUCCUCUUGCAAUGGCUGCGACUUUAUGCGGUCCAGGCCGGGAAAUAUUGUCUUGGAAGCUUCAUCCAUUGGAGAAUUUUCUUCAGGUUGACGAGAAGUAUGGGAUGGUUGAGCAGGUUAUGGUUGACAUAACAAACCAGGUUGGAAUCGACAUUAAUUUGGCAGCUAGCCAUGAGUGGUUUUGUUCUCCUUUACAGUUCAUUUCUGGACUUGGGCCUAGGAAAGCUGCGUCAUUGCAAAGGUCACUUGUUAGAGCUGGAUCUAUAUUUGUCCGCAAGGACCUGAUAAUGCAUGGUCUUGGUAAAAAGGUGUUUGUAAAUGCAGCUGGUUUCUUGCGCAUCCGAAGGAGUGGGCUGGCUGCUAGUAGCAGUCAAUUUAUCGACUUAUUGGAUGACACCAGAAUACAUCCCGAGUCGUAUGGUCUUGCACAAGAAUUGGCAAAAGAUAUUUAUGAUCAAGAUGUAAGAGAUGAUUCCAAUGAUGAUGAGGAUGCAAUAGAGAUGGCAAUAGAGCAUGUGAGAGAUCGGCCAGGCUCUUUGAGGAAAGUUGUCCUUGAGGAGUAUCUUGCAAGCAAGAAACGAGAGAACAAGAAGGAAACUUACCGUAAUAUCAUGAGAGAGUUAAGCUGUGGUUUCCAGGAUUGGCGGAUGCCUUAUAAAGAUCCAACUCCAGAUGAAGAGUUUUAUAUGAACUCGGGAGAGACUGAAGAUACCAUAGCUGAAGGCAGAAUUGUCCAGGCCACUGUUCGGAGAUUACAGAGUGGAAGAGCCAUAUGUGUCUUAGAUUCUGGAUUAACUGGGAUGCUUACGAAGGAAGAUUUCGCAGAUGAUGGGAGAGACAUUGUCGAGUUGUCGGACCGACUAAAUGAAGGCGAAAUUCUUACAUGCAAGAUCAAAUCGAUUCAAAAGGAGAGCUAUCGGGUGUUCCUUAUUUGCAAAGAAAGUGAAAUGAGAAACAACAGGCGCCAGCAAAACCAGAAUCUUGAUCCCUAUUACCGUGAGGAUAGAAACAGUCUCCAGACUGAAAAAGAGAAAGCUCGAAAAGAAAAGGAGCUGGUGAGGAAGCAUUUCAAGUCUCGGAUGAUUGUCCAUCCCCGUUUCCAGAACAUCACUGCUGACCAAGCAACCGAGUAUUUGUCUGACAAAGAUUUUGGAGAAAGCAUUGUUCGUCCAAGUUCUCGAGGACUCAAUUACUUGACAUUGACGCUUAAGAUCUACGGUGGAGUCUAUGCUCACAAGGAGAUAGUUGAAGGUGGAAAAGAAAGCAAGGACAUCACAAGCCUACAGCGUAUUGGGAAGACGCUGACAAUUGGAGAGGACACCUUCGAGGAUUUAGAUGAGGUCAUGGAUCGGUAUGUUGAUCCUCUAGUCUCUCAUCUCAAGACGAUGCUUAACUAUAGGAAGUUCCGGAAGGGGACAAAAUCAGAAGUUGAUGAGCUUCUCAGGAUCGAGAAGAGUGAAAAUCCUGCAAGGAUAGUGUACUCUUUCGGGAUAUCAGACGAGCAUCCAGGAACCUUUAUACUGUCUUACAUAAGGAGCACAAAUCCACAUCACGAGUAUGUUGGUCUAUACCCCAAGGGAUUCAAGUUCAGGAAAAGGAUGUUUGAAGACAUUGACAGGCUUGUGGCGUACUUCCAGAGGCAUAUUGGUGACCCGUUGCAGGAAACAGUUCCAUCUAUCAGGUCUGUUGCGGCCAUGGUGCCGAUGAGAAGCCCAGCGGACCGUGGCUCUUCUGGAGGUGGUGCUGGUGGUUGGGGUGGUUCUCAGAGUGAAGGAGGCUGGAAAGGUAACUCGGAUCGCUCAUCUGCACCAAGACCAGAGAGAGGCGGUGAGUACAGAAAUGGUGGUGGACGUGGUGAUGGGCAUCCAAGUGGAGCGCCUAGGCCGUAUGGUGGUCGUGGUCGAGGCAGAGGACGGAGUGAUAACAACAGAGAGAGGGAAGAUGGAAACCGAGAUUGGGGAAAUAACAAUUCCGGAACCGGAGAUGGAGAUGGAGGUUGGGGAAGCGAGUCUGGUGGUAAAAAGAGUGGCGGUGCAGGCGGUUGGGGUAGCGAAUCUGGAGGUGGUGGUUGGGGAAAUGAUUCUGGUGGUAAAAAGAGCAGCGAGGAUGGUGGUUGGGGUGGCAGUUCUGGUUCUGGUGGUGGUGGCGGUGGUUGGGGAAACGAGUCUGCCGGUAAAAAGAGUGAUGAAGAUAGUGGUUGGGGAAACGAGUCUAGUGGUAAUAAGAGCGAUGGUGGCGGGUGGUGAAGGAUCAUAACUAGUGGGUAUUUGCAAAUGCUAAGACAAAACAGUAGUAAUUAGCUUCUUCCUUAAUGUUCGUCGUUUAUGCUUACUCCUUUUGUUACCUCUUAACCUGGUAUUAGUAUUUUAUGUAAAGACUUUUUAUGAACUUUCCAGGAAAGUCUUUAAUUAAUACACCUUCUUUUAUAUGAAUCUUCUU